AUGGCGCAUGCACUAGCAGACGACGUCUUCGUCGGAUUCGACGUUCCCGAAAUCGACAAGCCAUUCUUGCUUGAUGUCCUUGCUGCACCCGGCACCCCCUGGGACGAGAAGCUGGCCAUCUACGACGUCGGUCUGUUCAGCGGAUACGAGGAUUGGAACCUGAUGCUCGAGAGUGCGGCCUCAUUGAAGGAGCAGAGCCCGGCUAGAUCCCCUCUCGAUGCACAAGAUCUCCUAGCCUUCGUCCCGCGGGUGAAAGAAGCCACGCUAGCCGCCGACAAGCUGCGUCAGGGUUGGGCAGCGACUGACCAGUCCAUCAAAAAAUUAGCCACGCUUCUGCGGGUUCAUCGAUCAGGCACCGUUGCUGCUCCCCAACCUGCUGUCAUCAAACGAGAGCGAGUGAUCAAGCGAGAGGGCGUCUCCAGGCGCGGACGGGACGAUGAGGAGGAGAUCGAAGAUGAGGAUGCCCGACCCAACAGCCAACGAGUCAAGCGACGCAAAGUCGCAUCCAAAUCAUCCACAUCCCACUAUUUCGCGCCACCCGCGGCCGAACAAUCGCCACGCAUCCAGCCAGAACAGCCAUCUUCAUCUUCAUCUCCAUCACCGCUCGCUUCCGACGAAGCUCGAGCCUACACACCGUCAGUCCUCCGUAACGGAAUUGCCACACCUAAUAUCACGCCUCGCAAACAGUCUCUUGAGAAUGAGGCCCCGAAUGACACCACCGGGAAUUCUCCGAAGGAAUCGAUCAGCGAGGCCCAGAACGCCGCUUACAGCCAGGGAUCUUCGGGCAGAGGCACCAUCCUGGCCAUCCCCGCCCAGCAGUCCGUCUCCGAUGAACUCGUCCGAAUUAUUGUCCCCCGAGGACUUGAGCCGGAUCAAGUCGGAGAAUUAGGUCUUUCCGGCCCAUCGCCGAGGCGGAAGACGGCCGUCACAUCUCCCUUCUUCAAUCUGCCAUCACCAGCCAAACAGUCUCCUAAGUCGAAACGCGGCGCUGGUCUUGUAUCGACGGUCCCCUUUCCGCGACUGACGGCACCAAAGUUUGGUCUCAUUCAAGAAGAGUUUGCUCACGAGCCGUUUUGGCUGCUUGUGGUAGUGACCUUCCUUGUCAAAACAGCUGGGACGCUGGCCAUCCCAACGUUUUACAAGGUCAAGGAACGCUUCCCAACACCCGAGGCCUUGGCGGAUCCAGAGGCGACACCGACCAUCAUGAGCAUGAUUCGCCAUCUGGGGCUUUCAGUUGUGCGAACAGCAGCGAUACAGAGGUAUGCUCGAGUUUGGCUCGAAACUCCCCCGACAAGGGGGAUUGUUUACAGAGUGAAGAAUUACGACAAGAGAGAUAUUGAGGCGAGCGCACUUCGACCCGACAGCGAUUCUGAGCAAUGCUUGACUGAGCUUCCUACGACGGAAGAUGCCGACGAUGCCUGGGAAAUGGGUCAUUUCACGCAAGGCAAAUACGCCUUGGACAGCUGGCGAAUUUUCUGUCGGGAUGAGCUUUUGGGACGGGCCGACGACUGGAACGGCAAAGGCGUAGCGCCCAAUUUCCAACCCGAGUGGAUGAGAGUGCGACCCGAUGACAAGGAGCUUCGGGCGUGUCUCCGAUGGAUGUGGAUGCGUGAAGGAUGGGAAUGGAAUCCUGUCACGGGCGAGAAGACAGUUCUUCGAGAUGAGAUGCGAAGGGCUGUGGAUGAAGAGCGCGUGGGAUAUGAUGAUACGGGAGGUUUAAAGAUUCUUGACGAGCCGCGAUUAGCCUCGAGAUGA